AUGGCCGAAAGCUCUUCUGUGGCUCAGCCACCUCUGAGAAUCGGUACCCGACGGUCAAAGUUGGCUAUUGUCCAAGCCGAGGGUAUCCGUGAUAGCCUGCAGAAAACUGCACCGAACCGGUCCUAUGAGAUUGAAACACUACACACCCUGGGUGAUAAAGACAAGUCUACAGCCCUUUACAACUUCGGCGCAAAGAGUCUGUGGACCAGUGAGUUGGAGGAGAAGCUGACCUCUGGCCAAUUGGACGUCAUCGUGCACUGUCUUAAAGAUAUGCCAACCACGCUGCCCGAGUCGUGCGAUCUCGCGGCAAUUACUCUCCGCGAUGAUCCACGUGAUGCGCUAGUUAUCAAGGCCGGUCUGCCUUACACUAGCUUGCAGACACUCCCUGAAGGCGCAGUAGUUGGCACUUCGUCGGUGCGGCGCUCGGCGCAACUUCUCCGCCUCUACCCCCAUCUGCGCUUUGCCAACCUGCGUGGCAAUGUUGAGACCCGCUUGGCCAAAGUUGAUAAUCCAGAGAGUGAGUAUACCUGCAUGAUAAUGUCUGCCGCUGGCCUUGAGCGCAUUGGCCUCAAGCAUCGCAUCAACCAAUACAUAGGCUCUAAGGACGGUGGCAUUCUGCAUGCAGUCGGCCAGGGAGCACUUGGCUUGGAAACUCGCAAGGGAGACAGCAGUACCCAAGAGUUGCUUAAUAAGCUGGUUGAUGAAAAGUCGACUCUCGCCUGUCUCGCGGAGCGGGCCCUUCUACGGACCCUUGAAGGUGGCUGUAGUGUCCCAAUUGGCGUUGAGACGGAGUGGGUCGAUCAAUCGGAAUAUUUCCUGAGAAUGCGCGCUAUUGUGGUCAGUCUUGACGGGACCCAAAGCGUUCAAGACACUAUUGAUGCAACAGUGCGGACCAAGGAUGAAGCGACAGUGUUUGGGAAAGAGCUGGCUACAAGACUUGUGACAGCGGGCGCAGAUGCGAUUCUGAAAGAUAUCAACACCAACCGACCGCUCAAGGACUGA